CGCUUUGGUUUUAGUUCUUGCACUUUCGCUCGCUCGCGCGUGAUUUUCCUGUGAGAUCCACACCACCAACACCCAAGACAACAAACAGCUGCUGCUGCUGUGGCUUGCUGUGUCUUCUCCUCUUGUCUUUCUUCCUUGUUGCUGUCUUCCUCGCUUGCUUUCCUCGCUUCAUCACCAACACACUACACCAUAUACACACACACACACACACACCUCCUCAUCGUCGCGCCAUGUCCCGAACACGUGUUCGCACCGUCUCGCUGUGCUCGACGGCGGGAUCUGACGAGGAUGAGAAGGCCAUCGCGGCAAAGCCUGCCAAGCGCACCGUGUUCAUGGCUGGUCGCCCUCCAUGGUAUGAUGUUGCUGGCAAACAGCAGGAGGCACUCGUCAUCGGCAUCUGCGGUGGCAGUGCGAGUGGCAAGACAACGGUCGCACAUCAAAUCAUUCAGGAGCUCGGCGUCUCCUGGGUCUGCCUCCUCUCCAUGGACAGCUUCUACAAGGUCCUCAACCCGGAAGAGAAGGCGCAGGCGGCCAGGAACGAGUUCAACUUUGACCAUCCAAAUGCCUUUGACGUGGACCUGCUGAUUGACACGCUCGGUCGACUGAAGGAGGGCAAGAAGGUCAACGUGCCUGUGUACGACUUUACAACACAUUCGCGCCUCCCGGAUGAGGUCGUCAUGUACGGCGCAAACGUCAUCAUCUUCGAGGGCAUCCUUGCGUUCUGCGCGGCGGAGCUGCGGGAGCUGCUUGAUGUGAAGGUGUUUGUGAAGGAGGACGAUGACGUGCGACUGGCAAGGCGGCUGGUCCGUGACACAAAGGAGCGUGGACGCGACCUUGAGGGCGCCAUCAAGCAGUACACCACGUUUGUGUAUCCGGCCUUUAAGCAGUUUAUUGAGCCCGCCGCCCGCUUUGCCGACGUCGUCAUCCCUGGUGGUGUCUCCAACUCUGUUGGCAUGGACAUGCUCAUUGGAUACGUCAAGAAGGGCUACCAGGCACGCGGGUUUGACCUCAAGCAAGACAUCAUUGACCUGCGGUUGACGCAAAUGCCAAAGUCAUUCCACCAGAUGCCCUCCUCCCGCCAGCUCGUCAGCCUCAUGACCAGCAUGCGCGACAGAGACACGGACCUUGACCGGUUCGUGUUCGCCUCCGAACGCGUGAUGAAGCUCCUCAUCGAAUUCGCCCUCUCCUUCGUCCCGUACGACUCAGUCCAGGUGACCAUGUCGGAUGGAUCGUCCGUGACCGGAAAGCGAGUGACAAAGCAGCUGGUUGGCGUUGCCAUUGUGCGGGCGGGCCUGCCGCUGGAGAAGGUUCUGCGCGACAUGGUGCGGGACAUUGCUGUGGGUCAGCUCCUCAUCCAGACAAACCCUUCCUCGGGCCAGCCAGAGUUCUUCCACCAAUCGCUGCCGAAGCAAAUUCACAAGAGUACAGUCCUCCUCCUCGACGCGAGCAUCGCAACAGGGCAAGCAGCCAUCAUGGCCAUUCGGGUGCUACUGGACCACGGCGUGGCGGAGGAAAACAUUGUACUGGUGACGUUGCUUGCAAGCAAGAUGGGCGUGUGCUCCGUGGCGUACGCCUACCCAAAAGUCACCAUCGUUGCCGCCAACCUCGACACCGACCUGGAUGAUGACUUGCACAUCCUUCCUGGCUUUGGAAACUUUGGUGACCGCUUCUAUGGCACCACAGCCAUCAAGGGCACGUCUCCAAAGUGACGCACACGCUCGCUUUUGCUGCUGUUGCGAAGCUUUGUCUUGCGUGCUCUUUAUGUUCUCUGUGUGUGUGUGUGUGUUUAUGCUCUGUGUGUGUGCCACUUUCGCGCCAAUUGAUGAUUGUUUGAUGCAUGCAUGUAUGUGUGUUGCUGGCAAUGUGGGGUGGCUGGUGUUGUGUGGCUUGGGUUGAGGUGGGUGAUGACAAUUGAAUGACAACAACACAGAGUGACAGAGGAAUGGGAGCAAGCACGCGGCGAUGCGAUACAAAAAAAA